AUGCGCAUCAUUCCAGUGCCUGUGCGCGAGGACAACUAUGCCUACAUCCUGAUGUCGACGCCGACCCAGAAUGGCGUACGCCCGGAAGCAGUCUUUGUGGACCCUUAUGACGUCGCCAAGGUGCGCCAGGCGGCGCACGACGCGGGUCUAAGCGAUUCUGACAUUAUCGGCUCCAUUACGACGCACGGCCACUACGACCAUGCUGGUGGCAACGAAACCUUUGCGAAGGAGUUCCCCAGCCGCCUCAUCUACGGUGGCUCGCCCAAGAUUGACGGCGUGACCAAUGUCGUAAAGGACGGCGACAAAUUCACGCUGUUUUCCAAGUCGGCACCUGUGGCGGUGAGCUGCCACGCCACGCCUUGCCACACGCGCGACUCGAUUGCCUUUUUGGUGGACGAUGCGCGCAGCAACGAUGAGCUCGCCAAGACGCCGAAUGGCGUCAAGGAGGGCGCUGCGGGCGAGAAGAAGCGGGGCGUCUUUACGGGCGACACUCUCUUUAUUUCUGGCUGCGGCCGCUUCUUCGAGGGUACCCCGGAAGAGAUGCACACCGCACUGAACAAAGUGCUUGCUUCGCUCCCGGACGACACGCUCGUCUACUGCGGGCAUGAAUACACGAAAUCGAAUGCUGCCUUCAGCGCCGCCGUCCUGCCGAACCGCCCUGCAAUCCAGGCACUGGUUCGCGACCUGCAAUCCAAGCGGAACCAGGGCAUCACUACGGGCCUGUACACGCUCGCCGAGGAGCGCGAGCACAACCCCUUUAUGCUCGUCUCUGAUCCAGAAGUGCAGCGCGUUGCCAAGACCAGCGACCCCGUGUCAACGAUGCAGUACUUGCGCGAAGCCAAAAAUGCGGGCGCGCUGCGCACGAACAUUUAA